GCGGCGGCGGAGGAAGAGCGCGCGAUUCCCGGGGGGUCCCUCAGGGAUUACGAGGGGAGAUCCCGGGAGGGGGGAGAAAUCCCCGCUGAGCCUUCCCCCCUCCUCAGGCCGAGGCGAUGCCGCUGCCCGUGGCGCUGCAGUCCCGCCUGGCCAAGCGGGGGCUGCUCAAGCACGUGGAGCCCGAGCCCGAGGAGGAGAUCAUCGCUGAGGACUACGACGACGCCCACGUGGACUACGAGGCCUCACGGCUCGAGGGGCUUCUGCCCCCCUGGUACAAAGUCAUCGACCCCACCUGCGGGCUGCCGUACUACUGGAACGUGGAGACCGACCUGGUGUCUUGGCUGUCGCCAAACGAUCCCAACUCCGUCAUCACCAAAGCUGCCAAAAGGCUCAAAGGGGGACAAGAACCUGAGGAAACCCCGGACCGAGAAGAACCGCCCCGCGAACGCCGCUUCCAUCGCCGCGAGGAAGUGGCGCCGUACCCCAAAAGCAAGAAAAGCAGCCGCAAGGACGAGGAGUUGGACCCUAUGGAUCCCAGCGCUUACUCGGAUGCGCCGCGGGGAACGUGGUCGACGGGGCUCCCCAAACGGAACGAAGCCAAGACGGGAGCCGAUACGACGGCGGCCGGACCGCUUUUCCAACAGCGUCCUUAUCCCAGCCCGGGAGCCGUGCUGAGAGCCAACGCCGAGGCCAACCGCGGGAAAGACUGAGCCCCCCACACCCCCCAAAAACCUUGGGACCCCCCCAAAUCCCAAAACCCCCACCCCAAAGCCCUGGGGACCCCCCGAAAUCUCCUCCUUGAGGUGAAAAAUCCGCUUUUUUGAGGCGAAAAUCUCAUCCAUGGGGGUGAAAAAUCCCCUUUCUUGAGGUAAAAUCUUAUCUAUGGGGUGAAAAAUCCCCUUUCAUGAGGUAAAAUCUCCUGUAUGGGGUGAAAAAUUCCCUUUCUUGAGGUAAAAUCUCGUCCCUGAGGUGGGAAAUACUGUUUCAUGAGGUAAAAUCUUCUUUAUGGGGUGAAAAAUCCCAUUUCAUGAGGAAAAAUCUCAUCCAUGGGGUGAAAAAUCCCCUUUCAUGAGGUAAAAAUCUUCUCCAUGGGGUGAAAAAUGCCGUUUCAUGAGGUAAAAUCUUAUCUAUGGGGUGAAAAAUCCCCUUUCAUGAGGUAAAAUCUUAUAUAUGGGGUGAAAAAUCCCAUUUCAUGAGGAAAAAUCUCAUCCAUGGGGUGAAAAAUCCACUUUCUUGAGGUAAAAAUCUCCUCCAUGGGGUAAAAAAUACCCUUUCAUGAGGUAAAAUCUUAUAUAUGGGGUGAAAAAUGCCGUUUCAUGAGGAAAAAUCUCAUCCAUGGGGUGAAAAAUGCUGUUUCUUGAGGUAAAAUAUUCUCCCUGAAGUGAAAAAUCCACUUUCUUGACAUAAAAAUGUCCUCCAUGGGGUAAAAAAUCCCCUUUCUUGAGGUAAAAAUCUUCUCCAUGGGGUGAAAAAUGCCCUUUCGUGAGGUGAAAUCUCAUCUGUGGGGUGAAAAAUGCCCUUUCUUGAGGUAAAAUCUUAUCCAUGGGGUGAAAAAUCCCAUUUUGUGAGGUAAAAUCUUAUCUAUUGGGUGAAAAAUAUCAUUUCAUGAGGUGAAAAUCUUCUCCAUGGGGUGAAAAAUGCCAUUUCAUGAGGUAAAAUCUUAUAUAUGGGGUGAAGAAUCCCCUUUCUUGAGGUAAAAUAUUCUCCCUGAGGUGAAAAAUCCACUUUCUUCACCUUAAAAUCUUAUAUAUGGGGUGAAAAAUGCCCUUUCAUGAG